AUGCAAAUAGUCAAGAGUGACACUGAAUUCCCAAAAUCUGGGGCCAUAAUUUUGGCCAUCAUCAGCCUGGAGACAUUUGCUGGCGUGUGGAUAAAUGCUUUCAUCGUUUGUGUGCUCUGCAUUGGCUGGGUCAAAAAGAAAACCCUGAACUCUAAUGAGAAGAUCUUGCUGCUGCUGGGAUGCUCCAGGCUUUCCUUUUUGUGCUUUGCAUGGGUAUACAGCUUCCUUUAUAUAAUUUAUCCCAAUUACCUGCAGAUUCAAACCAUAUAUCAACUGCUUACAUCAUUAGAAACCUUAUUUAAUUACUCCAACUUGUAUGUUUCAGCCUGUCUUUGUGUUUUUUAUUGCAUAAAAAUUGCCAAUUUCAGGAACAGCUUCUUCAACUACCUGAAAGUAAAAAUUGACAGGAUGGUGCCAUGGGUCUUAUUGGCGUCUGGUGUUUCAGCCAUGGCUAUGGGCAUCGUUACCUACAGCCUCAAUGAAAUUGUGCAGAGUAACAACCUCACUGUCACCUGCGUCGAAAAUUUUUGGAAAGCAACUGUCAGAAUGAAUAAACAUUUUUUCAUUCCUUUUUUUCUUGCUGGCUUUGGAUAUGCUGCUUCAUUCAUGGCAGUUGUCUCUUCUGCUGUUCUCCUUCUCUUUUCACUCUGGAAACACAAAUGCAAGAUGCAGACAAACUCCAUGAAGGACCUCAGCGUGGAAGCCCACAUCAGGGCCAUGAAAUCUAUUCUCUCCUUCUUAGUGAUGUACAGCAUCAACUUUGUAUGUUUGGUCUCGACGAUAAUUUAUAUCAUGAUGAAUGAAAGUAUUGUGACACUUCUUAUUUACAUCUAUCUGUAUGCUUUUCCAGGUGUUCAUUCCCUUAUUCUAAUUUUCAACAAUCCCAAACUGGAAAAGGCACUUCUAAAGAUUCUCUCCUAUGUGAAGUGUGACUUUUUCAUGAAGUAG